AUGGAUACGCUAAUGGCAUCAUCCUCUUCUACUGCAGCCAUUCUCCACCGUCCGCCGCCCCUUCCCCUCCGGUCCUCCAAUUCCUUAUUCUACACCGGUUCUUGCUCAACAGGUACGGCGGCGUUCUUCCGAAAGCCCUUAUUCGGCAAUCAUGGUGCUCAGAGAAAACUAAUUCACUCGUUCCAAAAUUCUUCAUCUCAAUCUUCGUCGUCGAGUGUGAAAGUGCCGAUUAAAUGUGGAGUUACCGAGAUUAACGAGAGCCAAUUCCCGGAGGUAGUAUUGAAAUCCGACCGUCCUGUUCUUGUUGAGUUUAUUGCCGGUUGGUGCGGACCUUGUCGAUUGAUCGCUCCCGCCAUUGAAUCCAUAGCAAAGGAAUACGAAGAUAAACUAUUGGUUGUAAAGAUUGAUCACGACUCGAAUCCAAAGCUAAUCCAAGAAUACAAGGUGUAUGGAUUGCCUGCUUUGAUUUUGUUCAAAGAUGGGCAAGAAAUUCCACAAAGCAGAAGGGAAGGUGCAAUUACAAAAGCAAAGCUGAAGGAGUACAUUGAUGCACUAUUGAAAUCGGUAUCAGUUGCUUAACUCCAUGAAUCAUCACUUGUUUUUCUCACAAUUUAUGAGCAGCAGGGGAAUUGUAUAAAGGUGUAAAUUUAAACGUAUUACAGAUCUUCAAUUUCUCUUGCACAUUUUCUUAAUAAUAUUUAGGUAAAUUAAACAAAAUCGCAAAUGGAUUUUGGUUUUUACUUUCAUUAGAGUAUUUUUUUAUAUAUAUAAAAAAAAAAGAACAUGUCAAUUAUAUAUAUUCUUUUGUAUUAUAAUUAAUUUACUGAACUUAAACCAACCUAUUCUUAUUGAUGCUCUAUGAGCCCGUACUUUGUGGAUGUUUUGGAAUGCCUGUAUGAAAUAAGUAGAUGUGGAAAUUUAAAACAAUUCAUAUGAAGAUGAGUUAGAGCAUUCAUGGUAUGAACUUAUUGGAGAGUUUUGUCCUGUAAGGCUGACUCGGUUUGAUACAUGCUGAAUAUGCUUCUGACCUGGUCAACACUUCCCGACUCGGUUCUAUAGAGUUCUAUAGAAAAUAGAAGCUGACCAAGUAGCUGAUGGAAUAAUGACAUUUGUGC